CUCAUCUCUAGUCCUGUCACGAUCAAAUGAGUGACCAAAUGGACAACGGGGAAUAAGCAUGAGUGAGUGCCUGGAACCGUUUCGCAAUGCUCGUGUCUCAUUAGCUUAAUGUUGUAGAAUUAAAUAGAUUGUCCAUCGCAAUGAUUACAGUCUUUCUGUCGUUCAUUAUAAGUACAUUUGUUUGUUAAGUAAAUAUAAAUCAACCUAAUUUCAAUUUAUAUAAUAUAGCAUUUUCAAAAGAUCCGCUAAACCACAAUCCCUACCGAUGCUGAGUCUUUCAACUAACACACAUAAAUGCAAGCGCCAAUGGUCGUCACGAAAACAAAACAAUACGUCAAAAUAAAACGUCAAAGAAUUUGUUUGGAAAAGCUGUCUUCUAUAUUUUUCAGAAAAAAAUAUUGUGUUCGAAUAUUGCACAAAGAAAAAACCAUUCAAAGUGAACCCAAAGCCAACACGCACAUUAAUCUAAACUGGAUCAUCUCGAUUUACUCGAUACACAGUGUAACAUGCGGUUGUACAUGGCAUAAUCUAAGGUUGAGUGAGUAACAUAAGUGUACAAAGUUUGUACCCAACACUGAAAUGCCACGUAAUGUUACCGGCGAUUGAUAAAUUUACCACAAAGAUUAAGCGAACAAGUAUAUGGCAGCAGUGAAAUCACUGGAUUAGUUGGUGCUAAACGAGGUUAUGGAGAAAAUACUCGACUGUGGAUAUAGUAAAGAGCAAUAAUAAUCCAGCAUUAGAAAACAACAAACAUUUCUAAACAAUGGUAAUCCAUCGACCCGGUAGACUGUGGAUCAGCAUAUUGGCAAUAUUGUCCACCCUUCAGUCAUCUGUCGGAAGCGCCUUUAAUGUAAUUUAUGCAAUCAAUGCUGGUGGCGAUGCACACACUGAUUCUCAUGGAAUAUAUUAUUUGGGCGAUCCGUUGAAGGGGAAGAUAGGCACCGAAUCGGACUAUGGCCGACAGCUGCUAGCAAUCAAUAGAGUUAGUAAGCAUGAUGAGAUCCUGUAUCAAACGGAGCGCUACCAUCACGACACCUUCGGUUACGAUCUGCCAGUAUCUGGUGAUGGCCAGUACGUGCUCAUAUUGAAGUUUUGCGAAGUGUACUUCAACGGCCCAAAUAUGAAAGUGUUCGAUGUGCUUCUUGAUCGGCACACGAUUGUAUCGGAUUUAGAUAUAUAUGCUUUAGUAGGCAAAGGCACGGCGCAUGAUGAGUAUAUAUUCUUUACCAUCUCGCGAGGACGGCUGUACAUUAAGGAUAAAAAUUCGGAAAUUCGUGGAAGUAAACUAAAGCUAGAGUUCCUAAAGGGAUUCAAAGAUAACCCGAAAAUUAAUGCAAUUCUGCUGAUUAAGGAUUACAAUGAGGCGAUUCUGCCCCGUUUGCCGCCACUGAUUAACGACCAUCAUACUGGUGCCAGCGGGAUGGAUACUAUUGGUGAUCAGUAUCAUUCUCAUUCCUAUCCCGCAGCUGACGACGAUGGCCCGAUCGUCGACGGAGCGGAUGAUAGUAUCAUGGACGAUUUUCUGAGCGCAUCUUCGGAAGAGUCGACGAAAACUUCCUCAAAAAUGCGAAAAACUAGUGGCCCAAAACAACCGAAUCCGUACUCUUUGGAUGAUUCUUCUAUAAUGCUGCCAGUGUUCAUUGCAAUCGGAGCAUUCAUACCGUUGUUAUUUUGUCUUUGUAGGCUGUGAUUUGUUAUAUUUUAAAAUAGCUGCCUAGGUUAGGAUAGCCCUUGACGAUUGUAUGUAUUAUUUCACUUUCUUUUGAUGCGUUAACUUGGUACUUAAGGGAAACCCAACUAUUGAAAUAAUGCAGGGAAAACUGCUCAAAUCAAAUUAGUGACAAAUGUACAUCAUGAAUUUUGUUGAAGCAAUUUCUUUUGUUUGGUGAUUGGUUAGAAGCUGCGGGUCAUUAUUUGUAACAUGUUAUACCGUUACGUUAGGUGCAAAGCUUAAUUAUUGCUACCAUAGCACAAAUUUGAAGACAUUUUAAACUUACCAAUGCUAGACACAACCGUUGUCAAUAGUGUGAAUUCAUAAUUACUUAUGUUACAGUUUCUUGCAAACAGUAAGCACAAAUUACAUGGAAUGGUAUCACAAAAUAGAGUAAAAUAAAACUUAAAAGACAUUUUAAGCAACAUUUCAAA